AUGAUAAGCGCUGCUUUUCCCACGAGGGAUUCCAGGUACAGGGAUGAGUUCUUCCAAAACAUAUCCUUCAGGGUUGGAAAUGGAGCAUAUGUGAAGUUCUGGAAGGAUAAAUGGCUGGGAAGCAUAGUGCUUAAAGACCUAUAUCCAGCACUUGACUCAAUUGCAUACAAUCCUGAACUCACUAUUGCUGACAAUAGAGAGGGGAACAUCUGGAGUAUCACUUUAAGAAGGAACCUACAAGAUUGGGCGUGUGAGGAUUUUUUGAACUUAUUAGCUUUGCUUGAGGGCCACAGCACAACAGAAUCACAGCCAGACAGAACCUCAUGGGGCAGUUCUAGUAAAGGCAUAUGCACAGUCAAGGCUGGCCAUAAGCAUCUAUGCCCGCAGAAUGGAAUGAUUAAAAACUGGCCUUGGAAACUUAUUUGGAGGACUAAACUUCCCACUAAGGUGUCUGUUUUACAUGGGCCAGCUUUAUAUGGUGCCGGUUUGAACCUAGAUAAUCUUAGCAGAUGGAAAAUUCAGUUGGUUAAUAGAUGCUACAUGUGUCAGAGGAACAUGAAGUCCAAUGUCCAUCUACUCAUACACUGCCCAGUAGCAGCAGAACUUCGGAAUUUCUUCUUCUCUCUUUUUAGACUGAGUUGGGUGCAGCCUCAGUCGAUUAAAGAUGCCUAUGAAAGCUGGAGUUAUUGCGGAGUUGAUAAAGCCAUCAAGAAGAUCUGGAUGAUGAUCCCAGCUACUAACUUUUGGUGUUUAUGGAAUGAAAGAAAUCGAAGAUGUUUUGAUGGAAUUUCAACUCCACCACACACUUCAAAGGCUAACUGUUUAAUGAACCUCUACAGCUGGAGUAGCUUAUAUAGCCCUAUUAAUUUUUUGGAUUUUGUUAGCUCCUUAAACUUAGCUUAG